CGGGCAUCGGCAACAGCAUCUUCUCCAAGUGGCAGGACAUGCAGUGCGUCGAGCACUGUGCGCCCGGCGACGAGGCGCGCCGCGUCGACUUUAGCCAGCCCGUGUGGCAGGUGAGUGCGGCUGUGGUGUGCAGGCCGGACGAAGGGCAGGUGCGGCGACAAUGAUGUGGUGCAGGCGAUGCUUGAGGCGCAUAAGGCCAGGAGCUCGCGUGAAGUCGGACUGGAGUGCUACGCAGCGAGCCCUGCGAGCGCGGUCCUGCAGAGCAGUACAUACAGAGACUGCAUGCAAAGACGUGCUCUGGCUGUACAUCGGCCCCCAGCACGGCGCAAAUGUUCCUCGGCGAGUGCCUCUGCCUCAUCCCGCCCAUGAUGAUGGCGCUGUGGGCGUGGAUCACGCGGCCGCGGCCGGGCUUCUUCAAGGGCAACGGCAGCGGCGGCGAGUACGAGGCGCUGGGGCAGUCGCCGGCGAUGCACGACGACCUCGAGGGCCUCGACGACGCGGCGGGCGACAGCGGCUUCAGCGCGCUGGGCGCCGACGACGACCCGCACGCCAACAGCUCGGCGUUCAGCUUCCUGAUGCCGAGCCACUGGCUCGGCGAGGAGGGCAGCUCCUCGGCCUUCUCCCGCCUCGUGCCCGCCUUCUGGCCCGUGUGGAAGGCGCCCGCGCCGGCGCCGACGCUCGGCCGCGGCAACUCCUUCCGCCCCGGCCAGGGCAACUCGAACAACGUCUGGGGCGAGCGCGUGCCCGCCAACGCCACGGCCAGCGCGCGCGCCGCGCCCGCCGGCGGCGAGGCGCAGGCCGCUGCUGCCAUCCCGGAGCCGCACCAGAUCGUCGACGAGCCCGAGGAGGACGACGGCACGAAGCUCAAGGGCAAGGCCAUCUUUCUCUUUGUGAUGCCGGCGGCGUGCGACAUCUGCGGCACCACGCUGAUGAACGUUGGCCUGCUCUUCACGCCCGUGUCCAUCUACCAGAUGACCCGCGGCGCCCUCGUGCUCUGGGUCGGCGUGUUCAGCGUCAUCUUCCUGCAGCGCCAGCUCUUCCUCUUCCAGUGGCUCUCGCUGCUCACCGUCAUGCUGGGCGUCUGCAUCGUCGGCCUCUCCGGCACGCUGCUGCAGCCGGGCGCGCCGGCGUCGCUGCAGGGCACGUUCGUCACCGUCGGCGGCGCCAUCGUCAGCCGCGCCACGGCACACACGACGGGCGAGGACGUGCCGGACACGGCAAAGGCGUUCAUCGGCGUGCUCCUCAUUCUCUUCGCGCAGCUCUUCACUGCUGGCCAGUUUGUGCUCGAGGAGAAGAUCAUGAGCCGCUACAGCGUCGAGCCACUGCUGGCGGUCGGCUACGAGGGCCUGUUCGGCUUCAUCGCGACGCUCAUUGCGCAGGUCGCGCUGCACUACUUCUACGGCAAGACGCCCGCCGGCCGCGGCGGCUACUUUGACAUGGUCACCGGCUGGCACCAGAUGAUCCAGAGCCCCAAGGUGCUGCUCGGCGGCGUCGCCAUCUGCCUGAGCAUUGCGCUCUUCAACUUCUUCGGCCUGUCUGUCACGCGGACCGUCUCGGCCACGGCACGCAGCACCAUCGACACGUGCCGUACGCUGGGCAUCUGGGCCGUUUCCCUCGUCCUGGGCUGGGAGGUGUUCCGUCCGCUCACCGGCUCGCUGCAGCUGCUCGGCUUCGCGCUGCUCUGCGGCGCCACGCUGCUCUUCAACGGCGUCAUUGGCCCGCGCUACCUGCCGCGCUGGCUGCGUCCCGGCCGGCCGGCGCUGGCGCGGCUGCGCAGCCGCAGUCGCAGCCGCAUCCUGCACCGCAGCCGCAGCCGCAGCCGUGUGCCCAGCGCGUACAACCCGCUGCCGACCGACGAGGAGGAGGUGCGCCGCUUCAGCACGGACCAGAACUAGAGACACGGAUCUUGGACGCUCGUGGUGGCCUUAUUUUCACCGUCUGUCAAUGUGAAUUGCUUAGAGACCGCU